UCAGCAGUUGAUGGGGAAACCGGGCGACCGUCCCGCGGAGUCAUGCGGGAAUUACAGUUACAGCAAUAACACGCCCAUUUUCCCCUGUGGCGAAAUAGCUGACUCUAUAUUUAACGACACCUUUACGCUUAAGAAAGUAGUUUCAAAAGAACAGAAGGUGACCCUAGAAGUUGAAUAUACGAAUUUAGUGACCGGAGACACCUUGAAAUAUAAAAACCCUCCUGAAGAAGUGCUAAAUAAAUUUACAAGACCAAUCAAUUGGGGCGGGGAUCCAGAAACACGAGAUUUGCCGUGGGAGACUGGUACGAGCCUAAAAGGCGUUGAGAACCCUGCAUUCCAAGCGUGGAUGGAUACGAGUUUGAAAAGCAAGCCAGUAUGGCGGGUAAAGAAGAAGGGCGAGUAUGAACAGGGGUUGCCGGCCGGAAACUACAUAAUGUUCAUUGAAAUGCGUGAGUAAAAAAUUACCAGGCAUUUUAUAGCUCAAUCUUGAAGCCAGUCAGAUCAUUUAUAAAUAGUAGUAGUAGUAAUCACUUUAUUGUCCACAACACAGGUUUACAUAAUAUUUAGGGGUACAAACGCGAACUUAUCCCUGUAAGGUAAGGAGUCUCUUCCA